AUGGACAAACAGCCCGAGGGCAUCGAAGCCCAGAGUGCUUUUGCCUCGACCCUGAUCAACGACACUGAAAAGUCAACACCGGAAGGAUCAUCUCGGAAACGAGUGGUAUCAGUCAAGGCCCAACCAUGCAUGGACGCCGUUUAUGCUGCCAAAUCAACACUGCUGAGCCAAGCUCUUCAGGAUCUUGGUAUGGGACGGUACCAGUGGUUCCUGGCUCUUGUUACCAGUGUUGGCUGGUUCCUCAGCAGCUUCUGGCUCAUGUCCUUCAAACUCAUCGCACCACCCGCCGCCAACGAGGCCAAGUUCUUCUUCUCUUCCUCUGGUGACCGCGAAGCCUUCCUAUUCAUCAGCCUUUGUGUCGGGCUCACCGUUGGUGCAGCCUCAUGGCCAUGGAUGUCCGACCGGCUUGGUCGCAAGUGGAUCUUUACCAGUACUUUAGUGCUCAUGGGGAUGGGCGGCCUUGUCGGUGCGGGCAUGCCGUCAUUUACGGGGUUGUGUGUCGUCAGCUUUGUGAUGGGAUUUGCUAUAGCCGGGAAUUUGUUAAUCGAUACUAUCAUUCUCAUUGAGUGGGUUCCGGCGUCGCAUCAGUUUCUGGUGUGUUUGCAGGGGCUGUUUUGGGGGUUAGGAGAACUAGUGGCUGCAGCAGUAGGAUGGCCAUUUAUCAGCGAAUACACCUGCGGCACCGGCCCCGACGAGCUCAGCACCGAGCAAGCCAUUUCCCACCAAUCUCGAGCGGUACACUCUUCAUCCUCUGGCAGCUGCCACUAUGUAAGCAACAAAGGCUGGCGCUAUAUCUGGUGGACCUUUGGCUGCGUCACCCUUUUCCUCUAUCUCUGUCGCUUCUGCUUCCCCCUCCGAGAGACACCGAAGUAUCUUCUCUCGCGCCAUCGUGACGCUGAAGCAACUCAGCUCGUCAAAGAUAUGGCGUCGUAUAACCGCCGCACCACGUGGCUCUCCGAAACAUCAUUUGCGCGCAUCGAUUCGACUGUCGACUUUGAUGCUCAACGAUCUCCGCAAGCUGGUCUUCGUGUGCUGAGUAGCUCAACAGCGGGAAGUCUGCGCGCCGGAAUCCUCGCUAUCCUUUGGUGCGUCAGCGGACUGACCUUCAUCCUCCACCCAAACUAUCUCCGCUUGUACCUCUCCAGCAAGGGCGUUUCGGCCGUGACACCCACGACCGUAUCCACAAGUUUCCUAUAUAGCCGGUACCUAUAUGUCUCGCUAUGCGGUAUCCCCGGCCCUAUUCUCGCGGCAGUUCUGGUAAAGACAAAAUACGGCGGUAGGACACGAACUGGUGCCCUUGUCACCCUACUAACAGGCGUAUUGAUGCUCGUUGCGCCAGUCUCGCGAUCCCAAAACACCGCGCUAAUAUUCAGCUGUCUUCUUUCGUGCACGCAACAUGCUGGACUGUCCGUUUUAAUCACAUACUCGGUCGAGGUCUUUGCCGCGCCAGUCCGGGGCUUUGGACUGGGGGUUGUGGGGUUCUUCGGGGGACUCUUCGGCCUACUGGGUAUGAUCAUUACUACGUUCGACACUGCAAUUGCGAAUGGAGCGGCUGUAUGGUUCAGCGGGGCCGUGUGGAUUGCUAUGGCGGGAUUUUGGCUUAUUUUGCAAGAGAGAGAUGUGGCAGCGUGA